CCCUCAAAAUUGUUUUUGGUUCGCUGGACAAGGUAUUCAAUAUCACAGGCCGGGGACAUUUGUGCAAAUGUAGGUCAUACAACUCCGUGUUCCCCAGCGAUAACAUUCAGGUCACUAUACAGUGCAUGGAGCAAGCAGACGUCGGUAUUGCACAAUACCUACCUCUCGUAUAAAGUCACAUACACUUCAGCUCGUUCAGUCUAUUCACUGCUACGUACACAACAAGGAUAUUCUAAGCAGGGACGAUGUUUGAGUGUUUAAUGCAGUUGUGGCCACAGUCUGUGGUAACCCAGGCUCUUGUUGUUGGGGCUGUGAUUGGUGUGAUCGCCUAUAACCUCUUCAAGAAACGAUACAACUUGCCGCCCGGACCCACAGGAUGGCCAUUAAUAGGAAACCUUUUAGCCAUACGAGGAGGUCUCCUGUUCCGAAAAUUCCGUGAUUGGAGCAAAACGUAUGGUCCAGUUAUGAAGAUUCAGAUGGGCAAUCGACCUGCAAUUGUUCUGAGUCGAAUCGAUGUUGUAACGGAAGCCCUCCUUACACGGCAAGCGGACUUAGCAGGAAGGCCCGAUACAUUUGUUGCAACAACAUUAACCGAGGGAGGAAAAGACAUAGUCCAAGCAUCGUACGGCCCCACGUGGAAGAUGCACAGGAAAAUUGCAUCCAAAGCACUCAGGCACUAUCUAAUGGGAGAGAAACUCAGCUUGAAAGUGUCGCAAUCUCUCAAAACCUCUACAAAGCUGAUGAGUAAGGAACCAGGUGCCUUUGAUCCAUUCCCCUACCUUUCACUCGGGAUCUCCAACAUGAUGACAGGAAUGUUGUUCAAUAAAACCAGCCAAACUACAGACUCUGAACACUAUAAAGAGUACGUCGUCGGCAUAGACAACAUGACGAAAGAGUUUGGAGACGGUUUUCUAGAAGAUGCCAUUCCCCUGCUUCAUCUGUGCCCAACACCUAGAUUCAGGCGUGUCAUACGACUCGCUGCUCAAAUGACAGAUGCAAUCAAGAAAGAAAUCGCAGCCCACAGAAAAACGUUCAACCAAGGUGAGAUGCGGGACUUCACAGAUGCUUUGAUACUGGCUCAGCAAGAAGCAGAAGAAGGGGAUGACCCGAUCCUCAUGUCACAGAUUACCAACACACACAUGGUCAUGACAAUCUUUGACUUAGUUUUCGCUGGUACAGACACAUCCAGGGGCACUCUCCGCUGGUGUCUCCUGGCGAUGGCUCUCCAUCCUGACAUUCAAAAGAAAGUUCAGAAAGAGGUGGACUCUGUUAUCGAUCCUGAUCUGAACGUCCACGUUUCGGACAGGGACAGGCUGCCAUACACAGAUGCAGUGAUACACGAGGUCAUGAGGAUGAGGACAGUGGUUCCAUUAGGCGUUCCUCACUCUGCCCUUCGUGAUACCACAGUUGGUGGAUACGAUGUUCCCAAGGGUACAAUGGUGUUGAUCAACCACGACGCUUUGCACUUUGACCCUGACCAAUGGGAGGACGUCAAUACGUUCAAACCUGAACGAUUCCUAGACUCAGAGGGAAAGAUGGGACCCAAACCAGAAAGCUGGCUUCCGUUCUCUGCCGGAAGGAGAGUUUGUCUCGGCGAGACUGUCGCCAAACCCGAGAUCCACCUCUUUCUCGCUGGAAUCCUGAGAGUAUUCACCAUUUCACUUGCCCCAGGAACACAGCACGACUUUGAGCCACGGAGUACGGGGGGGAUUAAUAGUCCAGGGACAUACAAAAUUAUCGUGAAAUCGAGAGUUUGAAUCAGUGAUUUGGAUUUAAAGCAAUUUUGAACAGGGUUUCAGUUUUAAAAUGGAAUAAAAUCCCUAGGUGACUAAUGUUCAAGGCGUUUGCAACUUGGGUGAGCCAAUGAGGAUCUUGUGCAAGGAUCAUUGUAGAGACCAUUAGGGUUCACUGGAUAUAUAUAUAUAUAAAUUAUAUAUGGAACAUGUAUCUGAACAAUCAAGUUAAUAGACUUAAAAAAUGGUGUUUAGGUAGUUUUUCUUUGUUCAAUUUAUGUCCUAAUUAUUUUUAAUUUUGAUUGUUACUAAAAUUACGAAGGUUGCAGGUCUGAAAACAAUCGUCAAAAGUGUCACCUUAAGACAUCGAUCAUUUCAUAUUCUGUAUGUGGGUGGGGUGGAUGUUACAUAAUUUCAUAAAAUAAAAAAACAUCAUUUCUUUCAGAAAAUGCUUGAUCUGCCUUUGCAAUAAAAAAACAUUUUCGCUGGAUGUAUACAAAAA